AAAGCAUCGACAUCAACCAAGCAACAAAAUGAGUACCCUGGAAUCAAAAGUGUUUGAAGAUCUUGAAAAGGCCCUGGAAGACCUUGAUUUGGUCUCAGCUGUAUUGAUAAUCAAGUAUUUGGAAGAUAUAAAUAAUAUUUCACUGAAUAUUGCUGUCACAGGAGAGAGUGGAGUUGGAAAGUCCACCGUUGUUAAUGCCUUCAGGGGAAUAGACAACACAGAUGAGAGAGCGGCCCCUACUGGUGUGGAAACAACCAAACCUGAGCCUUACCCACAUCCAAUAUACCCCAAUGUUACAUUAUGGGAUCUCCCGGGAAUUGGGACCACCAAUUUCCCAGCUGAUCAGUACCUGGAGAGCUCUGGGUUUGAAAAUGUAGAUUUUUUUAUCAUUGUAUCAGCUGGUCGCUUCAGAGAGAAUGAUGCCAAGCUGGCUCAGGAGAUCAAGAAAAUGGGCAAGAAGUUCUACUUUGUUCGCUCUAAGAUUGACAACAACCUAAGUGAUGCAAAAAGGGGCCAGAGGGAGUACGAUGAAGAAAGGACACUUCAGGAAAUCAGGGAAAACUGCAUUCAUGAACUUGAACAACAAGGUGUGGCGUCUCCUCAGGUCUUCCUGGUGUCUGGUUUUGAUCUCCAUUUGUACGACUUCCCCGCCCUCCAGGACACCAUGGAGAGAGAGCUUCCUUCACACAAGAGAGAUGUUUUGAACUGGGGCAUUCCUAAAGUCUGCAAAAGCAUCAUUAACAAGAAGAAAGAGGUUUUCAGUUCACAAAUUUGGUACUAUGCUUUAACUUCUGCAGCUGUAGCAGCUGUACCUAUCCCAGGGCUUUCCUUCGCUGCAGAUGUAGGGAUGCUGGUCAGUGUUCUUACAAACUAUUUGAAUGGAUUUGGUCUGGAUGAGGAGUCCCUAGCGAAACUUUCCAGUGAUACAAAUACACCUUUAGAUGAUCUAAGGGCAGAAAUGAAAUGUUUUUGUUCUGGACAGAAUGUCACUAUAGAGCUUGUUUCGUUAAUUCUGCAUUCUCUACCACUGCUUACGGGGGAGGCAGCAAAGGAAGGUUCUAGAUGGAUUCCUUUUCUUGGAAUCCCAAUAGCGGCUUCAAUUUCAUACACUUUCAUCACCAGCUUUUUGACUUCUACUCUUGACAGCCUAUCUGUAGACGCAGAAAGUGUUCUGAUAAAGGCAUUGGACAUUAGCGCCUUAACAGGUUAUUCUGUAGCCGUUAGCAAUGAGUAACAAUGAACACUUAAACAAAAAUAAAGAAUGUUUAAAAUCGCAAUAGGGAAAUAAGUAAUUAAAUAGUAAGUAAUAGUAAGUGUGUUUGUUAAUGUCUGUUGAGUUUAUUUGAAUUACUGGUGAAACAUGACGCUGGGAAAUUGAUUGAUUCAAUAUUGGUUUUAAUGGCCGUGCUAUGACCAGGCCGGUUUAAUCCACAGCCGGGACACUAUGAAUACCAUUUUUUUCAUUUUAUGCCUAGAGAUUACAACUUUACAUUAUUGCAUUGUACUUACAAUAGCAUAUUACUCUGUCUUUCUCUUUCAUCUCAUCAACAAUAUAUCAUAUUACGAGGAAAUUACAUGUUGUAUAUAAUGGGAUAUAAAAAAUUAAAAAUAAUUUGUUUAAUGCCAA